UCGGCUGUGACUGUUGCCCGGCAACAGACAGGCCGAGAUCCCCGGCGCGGGAUUCUCAGCUAGGCCAUGGGGUCUCGGGGUCUCCCGCCGCUCCUGCUGGUGCUCCUAAACUGCUGCACCUCUUCGAGCACCCAGGUCGUGGCCACCCCGGCAGUGACGAAGGAGGAUCUCAAUUCCACCAAGGCCACCUCCGCCACUCUCCCGCCCUCCCAGUCGCCUAGGACCCCGGGAACUCCCAGGGCCCCGGAGCACUCUGGCCCCAGGCCCACCCCGGUCACGGACGUUGCUGUCCUGUGCAUCUGUGACCUGCUUCCUGCACAGUGUGAUGUCAACUGCUGCUGCGACCCUGACUGCAGCCCUGAGGAUUUCAGUGUCUUCUCUGCUUGUUCCGUCCCAGUUGUCACGGGUGACAGGCAGUUUUGUAGUCAGAAGGCAGCCUUCUACUCAAUGAAUUUGACAGCAGACCCGCCUCAUCGCGACUUUAAACUCAUCGACCAGAUCAACCCUUCCGUCUUCUGCAUCCAUAUCUCAAAUUACAAGCCUGCACUGUCUUUUGCUAAUCCUGAAGUGCCCAAUGAAGACAAUUUUGACAGACUGAUGCAAACAUCAAGUGGCUUUACACUGAGUGCUGAGACAGGUGUUCCUUCCACAGCCACAUCAGAUGGCCCACAGCCCACUAAAUACGAGUACGGAGCCCCUCUGCAGACUGCAGGUCCAUCUUCAGGGUCAUUUCUGAAACUGCCAUCACCUCUCACGUCAUCUCUGUGUGCAGAUCAGAACCCUGCAGCGUUCCUGGUGAGCCAGGCCUUCGAAUGCAGCCGAAGGGUGGACAUAGACCAGUGUGAAGGAAUGGAAGCCCUCAGCAUGGCUCAUUACAGCAGCCCUGCCAUUCUGAGGGUACCUAAUUCAACGACACAGGUCUCCAUCAAGAUCCAGUCUGUAAUGUAUCGGUCUCUGAAUCACACACUGACCCAGUUAGAAGGCCAUGGUGUCCUGUGGCCAUCUCUGGUCAGCACUGGGCAAGAUAGACUCUGCAGCAACGUUGUUCUCCAGGUGAAGUACAGCCUGCUGUACACAGCCACAGGCCAGAUCCAGGAAGCUGGCCUCUCCCUCGUUCUGGGGACACUGAGCAGUGCAGUAAGUCUCCUGCAGCAGAAGUUUGAGAUUCACUUUAUUCAGCAUGGCACCAAGCCCGUUCCUCUCAGCGGUAAUCCUGGUUACCGAGUGGGACUGCCUCUGGCCGCCGGCUUCCAGCCUCAGAAGGGUCUGUGAAUGUCUGGGAUAAUUCAGACAACAAACAGACACGGCCAAUUUACUAUUCUUCGUAGCACAGAUGAGCAGGACUGCCUUGCCAGCGAGGGGCUCCGGGCCCCUGUGCUCUUUGGCUACAAUGUGCAGUCUGGCUGUCAACUCAGGUUCACAAGCACCAUCCCAUGUGGGCUUCUGGCACAGAAGAUGCAGGACCUGCUGAGAGGCCAAGCCUUCCCUGACUACGUGGCUGCGUUUGGAAACUCCCGGGCCCAGGAUGUACCGGACUGGGUGCCUGUGCACUUCGUCACCUACUCCUCCAACGGGAAGGGCUCUUGCCAGCUUCCUGUGGCUCUGGGUAUAGAAGUGAAAUGGACUAAGUAUGGGUCCCUGCUGAACCCCCAGGCCAGGAUAGUAAAUGUCACUGCCCAGCUCAUCUCAAUCCCAGAGCCCCUCCCAGGGCCUGAGAGGACCAUCGUCAUUUCCACUGCAGUGACAUUUGUGGAUGUGUCAGCCCCUGCAGAGGCAGGCUUCCGAGCCCCGCCCACCAUCAACGCCAAGCUGCCCUUCAGCUUCUUCUUCCCAUUUGUAUGAUGAGGUGGCCCUUGCAGAAGUGAGUCCCCAUCCUGAAGGCUCAGGAGGACAUGAACCCGGCUGCCUUUUCCCUCUCAGGAACUUUACUCUGCUGGGCUAUGGUGUUGGGUCUGAUGGUCCAGCACCCUGCACAUACAGGUCAAAGGCCGCGUCACCUCUGGGAGAUAGGUGGGAACAGAGCCUGCCGUAGAGAAUGCAUGGAGAGCCUUCUCGGUAAACCAUCCCUGGGCUACUGGGAGUUUUCUUCAGAAUCCCGUCAGCAUUUGAGAAGUACAAACCAGCAAGAGGCUGUGUAAAACUGUAUGCCCGCAAGGGGAUUGUACCCCAAGAUCAUGUUAAUUACAGGGCAGUCUUGGUGCCCUGCCAUGAGCUGGCUGUAUAACUGGUGGCUGCUGUGGCUGCCACCAAGGAGAAAAUGUGGUGGGCGAGCCCCGGGGAA